AUGUCAUCUUCGACAACAACUUUUGAAAACUUCCCUGCCGUCACUACUACUACCACUUCGACUGAUUGCAUUGAUGAGGGUGAAUUUUUGACUAAACCUAAUACUAUCUCUCAUUCUCACUCUCAACAACAGGAAUUUGACGCUUUUUCUAACAGUAAUACUGAAGUGGAACAUCAACAGCAACGACAGAUUAAAACAGAAAUUCUUAAUGUUAGCUCAUCAGCUUACGAAACUCAUUUUCCUUCACUCUCAACUUCUUCAGCUUCUUCCUUCUCUAAAUCGUCAUCUAUUUGGGUUAAUCGUUCUACUACUAUUCUUGAUUUGCCUGCCUCUCAACAAUUACAAAAAAAAGAAUUUGGCAACAAGACUACAACCGUUGCAAUUGUUAAACGCGUAAAAGAAAAAACCAAUACAAAUAUUGAUGUUUCAACUGGACAAAAAACUGGUACUACUACUUUUUUGAUUAAAGGAAAAAUUGAAGAUGUUACGAGGGCUAAAUUUGAAUUAUUAGAUAAUUUGGCUAUCAAGACAACAGUUGAUGUUAGAAUUGAGGGAAAUGAAAAUGGUGUAGAAACUGCAAAAGGUGAAUUGGAAACUUUUGUUAGUUCAUUGAGAGAAGAAACUAUCAAAGUUCCAAUAUCUUCUCUUCGGCAUAUUAUUGGGUCUGGUGGUAUGACUAUACAAUCAAUCAGAAAUAAGUCUGGUGUUAGAAUUCCUAAUUUUCCUCGUAAAGAUGCCCAAAUUGAACAAAAAAGUGAACUUGAUUAUGAUGAAGAAGAAGAAAAUAUUGAUUUAAAGAUUGAUGGUGAUGUGAAUGGUAUUGAAAUUGCUAAAGCUGAAAUUAAAGCUAUUAUUGAUACUAAGGCUUCCAAAAGAACUCAUCGUAUAACACAUAUUGAACAACAUUAUUAUCAACUGAUUGCUGGUGCUCAUAAUCAACGUCUUAAACAAAUUGCCACUGAAACUGGUGCUAGAAUUGAUAUCCCUUUCUCACAUGGAAGUGGUGGCGUAUCAACGACUUCUGAAAUUAAUGCUACUACAACUGAUUCUAAUUCACAAAAAAAUUGUAUUACUAUUAUUGGUGAUAAAGAUGCUGUUAAGAAAGCAACUGAAAUGAUUGAGGAGAUAUAUGAUGAAUUAUCAAGCACAACUUGUCUAGCUACUAUUGAUAUUCCUAAACGCCAACACAAAAUAUUCUUGAGUCAUAAAGGUGCAUUUCUUCAAGAAGUUUUUGAGACCACCGGUUGUUUUGUUGAUGUUCCUUCUAUGUCUGAUCCAUCUGAAAAAAUCUCAAUACGUGGUCCUCAAGAAAAAUUUUCUGAUGUUUUCAAACUUUUAUAUGACAAAGCAAAUUCCAUUACGAUAAAAUCUCUUGAUGUUACUAAAAUUCACAAAUUUAAUAAUAACGAUAGUGUAGAUAAUCCUUUGGAAUACAUCAAAAACCUUUAUAAAUAUUUCAUAAACAGAAACAAAUUAAAAAUAAUCGAAUCAGAGACUGAGGUUUAUAUUGCUAUACCCCAAGCACCAUCUGAAUUAGAUAAAGAUAAAAUUUUAUAUUUUGAAGGAAAAGUAGCUGCUAAUGUGGAAAAAGCAAAAAAAGAUGUCACUGAACUUAUUAAAAAUUUGCCACCAGCUAAUUUUACCACUGUAAAUAUUGAAUCUCAUCUUCACCGUCAUAUCAUUGGCCGUAAAGGUCAAAAUUUACAACGUGUCAAGGAAACUUAUGGUGUUGAGAUAAUUGUUCCUGAUGAAAAAGAAGAAAGUUCAAAUAUACUGAUUGUUUAUGAAGGAGCAGUUGGUGUAGAUGGUAAUGCCAUUGCUGUAGAUAAUAAUGCUAUGAAUGAUGUUUUAGUAAAGGUUAAAACAGAAUUAAAGAAAGCUGGUCAAGAUGCUUCUGAAUUUUCAACAAAAACACUUAAUAUUCCUGUACGAUUUCAUCGAAAUAUUAUUGGACCCAGAGGUGCUACAUUGAAUAGUAUUACUGGAGGAAUUGAUUCUCCUGUUUCUGUCAAAUUUGGUUUGCACAGAACAGGUGCUGCUGAACGAUCGGCAAAUGCUGAAGGUAAAAGAUUUAAUAAUUUACCAGUUUCGUCAGAUGAUCUUGUUGUGAUUAAAGGUCCUACUGAAGAGGUAGAAAGGGUUGUCAGAGAAAUCAAUAAAGUUGUUCAGGCAAAAAAUUUGGAAGAAGAUACGAUCAAGAUUACAAUUAAUGGUGCUAAAGAUAAUGUUGAACAAGCAAAAGCAAAAAUAUUGAGCCUUGUAGAUAAAUUACAAGAUCCAGUAAUUGAAACUUUGAAAAUACCCAUGGAAUAUCAUAAAUUAUUAAUUGGACCAAAAGGUAGAUAUGUUAGAAAAUUAGAAGAAAAAUGUAAUGUACAGAUCAGAUUUCCAAAGUCAAAAGAAUUUGUUACUGCUAGCAAUAAUGGUAGUAAUGGUGAUGAUGCUAAUAAUAGUAGUAAUAGUGGCAGUAUUGUUGAUACACAAAAACCUGAUGAAGUUAUUAUUAGAGGCAAGAAAAAAGGGAUUGAUGAAGCUAAGGCUGAAUUGUUGGAAUUGUUGGAUUAUGAGAAAGAAAAUAAUAAUUCUAUUACGUUUACUAUUCCUGCCAAAUAUCUUCCUCACAUAGUUGGUCGUAAUGGUUCAAGAAUUUCUGAAAUAAGAGAUAAUACUUCUACUCGUAUUGAUUUUGAAAAACAAGAGAUUGAUAAUGAUAGCAGUAAUACUGACAAUAGUGAAAAGGCUAAUAUUGAUAGUAAUAAUAAUGCUAAUAUCAACAAAAAUAAUGUUAAUAAUCAACAGCAGCAGGAACAGAAAUUAGCAAAUGUUGCUAUUUAUGGAGUAAAAUCUAAUAUCAAUAAAGCAAAAUUACAAAUUUUAGGAAUUGUUAAUGAGCUUGAAAAUCAAGUAAUUGUAAAAAUAAAGAUUGAUCAUCAAUAUCACAAGUAUUUGAUUGGUCCUGGUGGUAAUCAUAUACGUGAGAUUGUUGCUAGAGCUGGUGGUUCUGAUGAACGAAACUUGGCUAGUGUUGUAAAAUUUCCUUAUUUUGGUGAUAAUAGUGAUGAGGUAACCCUUAAAGGUGAUAAGGUACUUGUGGAAAGUGUUAAAACUGAAUUGGAAAGAUUGGUUGAAGAGCAGAAAAAUAUUCCAGUUGAUUAUAUUCAUAUUCCACCUUCACAAUAUUCCAUGAUAAUUGGACGCAAUGGUACCCAAUUAAGAGAAUUUCAAGAACGUUUUAAUGUAGAAAUUAAAAUACCUAAUUAUUCUACUCGAAAACAACAACAAAAUUAUCAUCAAUAUCCAGUUUAUGAUACAAAUCAAACCGGAAGUUGGAGUGAUGAAAUUGAAUGUAAUGAUAAUAAUAUUGAAGAAGCCAUUAAAAUCACUGGUAAAGCUGAAGAUAUAAAAGCUGCGAAAAAUGAAAUUUUGUCCAGAAUUCGUUAUGCUCACACCAUUAAUAUUCCGCGUAAAUUUCAUAAUGCUCUAUUGGCAAAUGGUACCACUUUUAAAAAACUUCGUAAUGAUUUUCAUGUAAUUUUGGAUCAUGAUGAAGUGAUUCCAACAGAUUCAAUUGCAGCAACAACAACAAUCAAUAACUCAUUAAAGAAACAACUGAAUGGCAGUGCUUCUUCUAUGAAACAUAACUUUUUGGAAUAUGAAAUAAUAGAAAUCCAUAAUGAUAAUGUAACUGGUGGUGGUGAUAGUAGUAGCAGUAAAAAUAACAUUGAUGAUAGUGACUAUGUUGCUUGGAAAUUACGUGGUGAAAAAGGUCAUGUAGAAAAGGCAGAGGAAUAUAUAAAAAAUUUGUUAAAUCAAGAGAAACAAUUCACACAUAUCGGAUACAUUCAAAUUCCUAAAGAAUAUCAUAGUCAUAUAAUUGGUCGUGGUGGUGGAACUAUUACACGUAUUCGUAGUGAGAGUGGUUGCAGGAUUGAUGUACCUAAAUCUAAAAAUGAUAAAGUGGUUGUAGUUACAGGUUCACAAGAAGGUGUAGAAAUAGCAAGACAAAUAAUGUCUGAUGUGAUUGAUCGAGCGGAAAAUAGUAAUUAUUAUUAG